AUGGUGGCAUUUUAUCUUCUUCUCAUAUUUCAAGUACAAGCUAAAGGUGGAAUUACCUCGAAAGUUGAAGAAAACAACAUCUUGCAUUCACCUUGGAAGUGACUGGGGGAUUUUCUCAUUAAUUAUCCAGUAGUUUCCACAAUUCUAUCUGUAUUAAUUUUAAUGACGCUUUUUGUUCUGAUCGCAAGGUGUAGAAAAAGCUGGCAAAAAGAAUCAGAUGUCAGCAUCAUACUAGGCUCAAGAUCUCUUAAUAGAAAAGAAAAGAAAAGCCUAUUGGGUUAA